AUGUCAAACGUAAAAUUAGCAAUUAGAGUUAGGCCUUUCACAGAAAAAGAACUUAAGACUGACAAAUAUUGUGUACCAAUUAUUAAUGUAAUUGAUAACAAUACGAUAACUAUAACAAACAUAAAGGUACACCUAUCUGGUGCUGGAGAUAGUCGUGAGCGCGUGCGUAGGUACUAUGCCGACUAUGCGUUUGAUAGUGCAUGCGCAACUACACAUCCCAAUUAUGCAUCACAGGAGAAGGUGUUCGAUACAGUAGGUCGUCAAGUUUUGUCAGUAAUUUUAAGUGGCCAGUCAGCUUGCGUGUUGACGUAUGGUCAAAGUUCGACAGGUAAAACACAUACAAUGGUGGGAUCAGCGGUACAACCGGGAUUGAUUCCACGAAUUUGUAAGGCUUUAGCACAGGAACCGCAGCUCAAUAUUACCGUAAGUUUUCUAGAGAUAUACAACGAGCGGGUACACGAUCUGUUAGCUGGUGAAGCUCCCGUGUCCCUGAACUCACUCCCGCGUCGAAAGGGAAAUUCGCGUAAAGACCUACGAGUCAGAGAGCAUCCUACUAAGGGCCCUUACGUACAAAAUCUUCGCCGAGUAACAGUUCACGAUGUAGAAACGCUGUUGGCAGUCGUCAACGAGGGUACCCGAAGGCGUCGCACCGCCGCCACUAAGCGAAAUAAUUGCUCUUCGAGAUCACAUGCUUUACUGGAGUUGGUUACACCGCGUGCUACGUUACAUCUAGCUGAUCUUGCUGGCAGCGAAAAAGCUAGCUGGGAAGGCUGUGCAGGCGGCCGUCAGAAGGAAGGCGCCAAUAUCAAUAAAUCUUUAGUCGCACUCAGUAAUGUUAUCUCAGCACUUGUGAGUGGGGGAACUGGACGGAGCAGAUUCAUUCCUUAUCGUGAUUCAGCGCUCACCUGGUUGCUGAAGGACUGUUUCACGGGAGGUGGUAGCACUUUUAUUAUAGCAACCGUGUCCCCAAGUGUCUCGUGUUACGGCGAGUCUGCAUCUACGCUUCGCUGGGCGGCUAGUGCUCGCCACUUACCCAGCUCGCAAAUACCCGCUGUAACCAGCGUUAUAUCCAAAUCGGCUUUGCAAGCGCAGUACAACCAUUUGUUAGCGGAAUUAGCUAGCCACUUCAUUCAGUAUAAACCAGAAACGAGACAACUGUUGUACGACGAUAAGCAUUGGACCUUACACAUUAAUGGAGUAAAAGAUAGCAAUAUUGCAAAUACAAACGCAAACAUAGGUAACAUAAUGAACUUACGACACAUGAAGGGUGAAGGUCGGAACUCAGAAUCAACACCAUCGUCAAUAGCUAGUGGAAGUUCUGACAUUAUUAACAAUAUGGAUAAGAAUGGAGAAAUAAGUAAUGAAAUUAAUAAAGAAAUAGACAAAUUAUUUGGUCCAGCUCUGGAGAGAACAAAAAGUGGUAGCGAUAUUGAAGUCGUGGCGCCACUAAGGCAUAAAAAACGUCAUUUCCGAUCGCAAGAAGCACUUUCUAGUAGUGAAAAAUUACCACAAAGUAACCAAACUUACCGGUUAUCAGAUGCUGAUCUUAGCGAAGUACACGAAAUCAAAUCUAAAAGUAAUGUAAGUGAUAUUAGAACACAACAAGUCCCUAUAUUAUAUGAUAACCAACGUGCAGAAAUAAUAGCAUCUGUUACGGAAAGAUUAUAUUCUAAGCUUAAAAAGAAUGAAAUGACUACGUCAAAGAGUGAAUCAUCCGUUGAUAAAAAACCAUCCAGCGAAUCUAAAAUUAUGCAACCUUUAAAUGAAUUAAAAAUUUGUUCGAAUGCACGGCAACGCUUGAUGGAAAUAAGCAAAAAAGCAUUAAGAAAUAAAAGAAAAAUAGGAAUACCAGCGCACACACAAACAAGAAAGACUGUGAUUCGAGUUAAAGAUCAAGGCAUUGACGUUCAAACCGAUCUCCAGCCGUACAUAAACUACCAAAAACGUAAUUAUACGUUCCAGCAGGAUGUGAGCACUGAAACUACACCGAUGACUCCUCGUUCAAAAGAAAUAGCAGUUGGUCCAAGAUACAGUAAUUUAUCCUACAAAGAUAAUUCAACAAUAACUGAAAGUAAAAAAGUGAUUUUUAAAAAUGUAUCUACAAUGACUGAAACUGUAUCAACUAACAAUCAUGGAUGUCAGACGAAGGUUCAGCCGCCCCCUAGGAGGAUAAAACGUACAUCAACUUAUUCUAAAUACAUUAAAAAAAUUGACCGUUCAAUAGCCAGUACUGACGACAGCAGUAUCUCUCCUAUAAUUAAUAUAAAUAUAUCUCCAGUGUAUAUUGAUUCUGAAUCUCAAAGUUCAGAUGAAAAUUUAGGUAAUUUAAUAGAAAAUGGAAAAGAUAAACAAAGUGUUAAUACUACGCCGGAUUUAUUAACCAACCACAACAAUGUCACAACUAAAGUAGAAAAUAAAAAAAACAGUGACGGCUACUCAGAUAAAGAUUGUAUAGCGACCACCACAACCACGACACCAGUUGAAUUGAAAGAAACAUUCGUAGAAGACUUUUCUGAUAAGGAUGAUGUAUUUUUACCGCGUGUAACAAUUGAUCAUGAUAGGAAACCGGAUUGUAAGGAUUAUGAGGAUCUACUAUUAGGACGAAAUGAAAACGUAUAUCCUUAUAGUGUUAAAAUAUCUCCUUAUAAAGAGAGAAAUGAAGCAAAAACCGUUAUACGCUUUAAAGACAUUGACGUCACACCUGCAGAAUGCUGUAGCAAUGAAUGGCAAAGAAAGGUCGAUAUUGCAUCGAAUAAAUUAAGUCAUAAUGAAUGUCAUAAAGAUGACAUGGAUAGUGAUAACUCAAUAUCAUCAGUUCUAAGCAACAGUGAUUCGGAUUACCGUUUGUGGGAUAAAUUAAGUUCGAAUACCUAUGAAAAUUGUAUCGGUCAUGUAAAAGACAAUCUCCUCAAAAAAAAUACUAAAUAUAACAUACCCGAUACAAGCAAUCAUAAAUAUUUUCGUAACUUUGAAGGAUUAAGCAAUAAAAAAGAUUUAUUUUGUUUGGACCUCAAUGGUGAUGAUGGAUAUUGCUGCAAUAGAGGACAAAAUGAAAGAACUAUUAACGGAAUAAAACGGAGACAAAAUAGCUUAAAAGAUCAUAGUAAUUUCGACACCAUAGAAAGGAAAAUAAGAAGUGUCUGUAAUAGUUUGGAAGAUUCUGUUAAUAAAUAUGAUAGCUAUUUAUUAGAAUUUCGAGACAAAACUAAAAAAUACUCUAAAGGUGAAACCAAUUCAAGAACUCCUACGGAAUAUCUACAACAUUUAAUUAGGUUAAGGAGAGAAGCAGUACAAUCAGAUUGUCACAAUAAAUAGUCACUAUUACUUUGGUAGUCUUCGCUAAGUUUUUCUAUGUAUAAUAAUGUAAUAAACUAAAAUAAUUUCAUUCAUAAAGUACAUAUAUUAAAAAAGAGAAACAGUAA